AGGGUGCAUAGGACAUCUUACAGCAACCCUAAAAGAAUAAAACAUUACAGGUAAAAGACAGUAUACGGUGACAGUGAACAACCAGAAUUACCACUGCAGCUUAUACUAAUAGCUCAGGACUGCAUCCCAGAUCACAACACCACUUUUCAGAAGAGACAUCGGGCAGCUGACUGCAGCCCAGUGAGAAGCGCAGGCUGUGGCCUUUUUGGAUUCUCGUCAGUAAGGACUAACUGAGGAAUUCUCUGGCUUUGUGGCAGCAGGUCCCCAUGCAGUCCCACCACUGCAGUGCUGUAAUGGCAUACCUCUGAUUUGUUAUUUCAGGUGUUUCAGAUGCUCUGCACAUCUCUGAGCCCCCCCCAUGUCCUGCCACGGACUAUCCAACCGGUAAUCAAGAGAUGGUGUUCUUUUCCUGAACAACUUGUUCAACAGGCACCUCAGUGUGGACGGACCCGAGGCACUGACAGGAUGCUUUCAUGCAGUGGUCCUGGUGGAGUGAAGACGCACGGAGUUCCCCUGGAAAGUGAGGGAUUUGAUAGCCUUGUUCUCUGAUACACCUUCUAAAGAUACAAAGUUGCAUUAAAGGAAAACUUUGCUGCUGUGAGUAGAGCUUGUUAAUAUGAAACUCACUGGAAUCGUCUGCAUCCAGGAGCGCUAUGGAGCAAUUUUCAACAUGGAGGAGAAAUUGUUACAUAUGUCUGGUAAUAGAAGACAGUAUUUCAGUGACAGAAAACUUAUACGGAGUCGGGUAGCAACACCCUGGCGCCAAACCUCUAACUCCAAAGUGAAUGGAAAUGCUGGACCACUGAGAGAAAAAAGUAUGAGAGCAGUGGUGACAGGAGGCGGAGGCUAUUUUGGAUACAAACUGGGAUGUGCUCUUGCCAACGCAGGAGCUUCUGUUGUUCUGUAUGAUAUACACAAGCCUAUCUGGAAAAUCCCCGAUGGAGUAGUGUGUAUUCAGGCAGAUGUCAGGGAUUAUGAUGCCAUAUUUGCAGCCUGUGAAGGGGCUGACUGUGUGUUUCAUGUAGCUUCAUAUGGAAUGUCAGGAAGAGAGCAAUUGUACAGAGAAGAGAUUGAAACUGUAAACAUUCAUGGAACAAGAUUCAUCAUCGAUGCCUGCAAGCAAAGGAACAUCGCCAGACUGAUAUACACCAGUACAGUAAAUGUGGUGUUUGGAGGGCUUCCUAUUGAAGAUGGUGAUGAGGAAACUGUGCCAUACUUUCCAAUUGAAAAGCAUGUUGAUCAUUAUUCCAGAACCAAAUCAAUUGCAGAACAAAUGGUACUAGCAGCUAAUGGAACUCCACUAGCAGGAGGUGGAAUACUCUAUACAUGUGUUCUUCGCCCACCAGGAAUAUAUGGACCGGAAGAGCAAAGACACUUGCCAAGGCUAGCAAAGAAUAUUGAGAGAGGGCUACUUAGCUUCAAGUUUGGGGAUCCUUCUGCUAAAAUGAACUGGGUGCAUGCAGAGAAUCUUGUACAAGCCCAAAUUCUAGCUGCUGAAGCUCUCACCCCUGAAAAGAACUACAUAGCUAGUGGCCAGGUGUAUUUCAUUAAUGAUGGCGAAAAAUUCAACCUUUUUGAAUGGUUAACUCCACUUUUUGAAAGAUUAGGUUGCAGUAAACCACGGAUACGUAUUCCUACUUCCUUAGUUUAUGCAUCAGCCAUGAUAAUGGAAUACCUUCAUCUGAUGCUGAAACCAUUUGUUGAACUGUCUCCACUGCUGACCAGAAAUGAGGUACAGAACAUUUCUAUAACUCAUACAUUUCGAAUAGACAAGGCACGGAGUCAGCUGGGGUACAGCCCAGAGAAGUUUGCAUUUGCUGAUUCUGUGGACCAUUACAUUAAAACCAGACCAGAAGCCCAGAAUCAUCACAUCUUCCUCAAAGUUUUGCUUUCUUUAAUUGUUAGUUUAAGUUUGAUCUUCCUUUCUUUAAGAUUUGAUGGCCUUUCAGUUCUGCAUUUUUUUAAAGAAACACAACACUGACUUAUAAACUGCAUGUACUCAGUCGCUGUACUGCUACCUGGAUCAUUAAAAUCUUCGCAAUUGUUACUGACUCCAAUAAACAGGCAGUUAUUUUUAGAUUUAAAACCAAAAUUGUAACGUAUCAGUAGCUGUACUUGAGAAAUUAAAAUACAGUAAACAAUUACGGCUAAAUCACUGAAACACACUGAAGUCAAGACUAUUGCAUCUGUUUAUUUCACACCAAAAUAAACUUUCUAAACUGACUGCUGAAGUAAAUGAGAACCUGCAAAAAGAACAAGAGCUACAGCCAGCCUGAAGUGCUUCACCGGUGAAGAAAAAUGGCUAAAAUAAGGAGAAAUAAUGACCACAGUUCGCUGCCUUGGGGAACUGAGGAACAAGCAAAGGGACGGACAGAACUGAUUACUGUAAAUAACAUAUACCAGCUGUACAGAGAGAGUUCACACUGUGUGAAUUUCUUUUGUGAAUUAGUUAUGAGGGAAAAUAAAAGUGUACUCGAGA